AUGUUGAGUUCACUUGCCAGUGGUCCGUGGCAGCUGGGCAUCUGGCUUCUGCGGCAUUUGCCGCGUCUGGAGAUCCUGCUCCUCGGCGAAGUUCACCUUUGUCACCAUCCGCGCGGAAGCCUUGCCAGUUCUCCGAGGCCCGACGCGAUCUCACACAAUGCCGCGAUCAGUGCCUGUGAGAAGGCCGAUGCGUGGGAGCAGGCUCUUCAAAUCUUCGUGGCUCUGAGGAGUUUCGCCGCACCCACGACCACGAGCUGCAAUGCUGUCAUCAGCGCUUGCUCGCGUGGCCUCCGCUGGGAUUUGGCCCUGUCUAUCUUCGACAUGCAGAAGGAGUAUUCGCUGAAACCAGACCUGAUCACCUUCAGCUCCCUGAUCAGUGCAUUUGAGAAGGGACUUCAGUGGCAGCGAGCUCUCGCCGUGCUGUGCGUCCUUGGUUGGCCUUACCAGCCUCACCGCUUGUCCAGUGAGGAGUUUUGGCCAGACCUCAUCCUUUGCAACUCAGCCAUCAGUGCUUGUGAGAAAGGACUCCAGUGGCAGCAAGCGCUCUGGAUCCUGGACGGCCUGCAGAAGUACGGCCCCUCACCAGAUGCAGUCAGCUACGCUGCAGCGAUCAGUGCCUGUGCGGAGGGGCUGCAAUGGCGCUGGGCAGUCGGACUGUAUGCCGAAGGUGAGCGGCGAGGACCAGUGAGGACGCCGUAUCUCUAA